GCAAAUAUCACUUUUGUUGAACGGGAGGCAACAUACGGAUUGGAGAGUGCAAGAUUUAGAAUGAAAUUAACAAUAUUUAUAAUUCUUUUGUAUAUUGAUGUUGGUAGCACGAGAGGGGAUGCAGAUGACAUUACUGAGAAACCAUGGUCAGUACUUGAAGAAUUAGAAUUAGAAAAGCUAGUUUCUGGCAAUUCUAAUAGAAUACACAGUGAUACCAUUGGGGAAAACCAUGUCACUCUAACUACUAAACCUGACAAUGAGGAAAGCACAACUCUCCAGUAUCCAUCUAUUGCUCCAACUACAUCAACAACCCAAGAAAGUCUUGGGUUAGAAAUUUUCGAAAAAAUGCUACGAGCUUCAACAGGAUCAUCUUCACCCAACAGGGCUGGAAUGACAGAAAAUCAAAAUCCUGAACAAGCUGGACUUAAAGGGAACAACAACUUUGGAAAAAAUGAAAGUAUAAUAGAAAUGCCACCAAAAGGGAAUACACUUAUUACUCAGCAAGGAGCUCAACGCCCAGCCAAACAGAAUUAUUACAAUAAAGCCAGCUUACCUUCCAACCAGAAACCCAGCUUUGAAACUACUAGAGGAAAAAACUGGUGUGCCUAUGUUCAUACAAGACUCUUGCCAACUGUUGGUGUGGACAAUGUGGAGACAUAUGUUUCUACAGGAGCGGAACCUUGUGCAUGGAGUACUGGGGGUUGUGCAGUGAGGAGUCGUGUGAUCUCACAGCCAGUUUAUAGAAUGAGGCACAAGAUUGUGACAUCGUUGGAAUGGAAAUGCUGCCCAGGUUACAGUGGACACAACUGUCAAUUAACAGCACCAAAAGUCAAGGAGGAAAUACAAGACAGCCAAGCAGAGAGCAGCCUUGCUGAAAAUUCAGUGAACACUGACGAUACGAAAACUGAUCUAGCACUGCAGAAAAAGCUGACUGAUCAAAUUUAUAACCAAGACAUCAAACUUGCUCUAUUGCAAAGGAAAGUGGAGAACAUCACCUCAAGCAUGAGCGAUGUGCACAGGACAUUACACUCUCUGGAGGGAAAAAUCGAUGGUGACUACAAAGGGGAAGACUUGCAAUCACUUCUAAAAGAUCUUAAAUCAAAAAGCAUCGCAGACAUCAUUCAAGGUUUUGUUAAAGAUGAGCUGGCAGUUUUCCAAAGAGAAAUGCAAGAAACGAUUGCUAAACUUUUUAAAAGCAUGUCUGGGAUGUCUGUAGAACUUGAGAAAACAAAAGAGACCGUAAAACAGCUAAAUGAAACAAUAAUAUUUAACAACCAUAAAUGUAUCAUAGAAGAGGAGAAUAAGCCCACAAUGGAUGACAUAGUAGACCUAAAGAAUCGAGUGGAACACUUAAAAAACACUGCUUUUGUUUGUACCACAUCUUUUAAGGAGCAAGAAAAAAAAAUAGUGACUUUAGAAGAACAGCUAGAACAUGAGAAAUUAAGGAACAGCCUCUACUUUGAUACACUCAAUAAUACUUUGUCCAAAAUGAAGGAGAUUCAUGCAGAAUUGUUGGCUGACGAACAGGCCGAGGAACAACUUCCUUCUACACUAAAUAUUCCUGCCAAUGAUAAUAUUACAGAGUAUCUAUAUUCUUUGCAAGAUAGAGUAAAGAAACAGAACAUUCUAAUGUUGCAGUUGUAUGAUGAUAUCAAUGUACAAGACAACAAAAUAAAUAAUUUUACAAUAACCUUGGAAAUUCAGAGACAAUCCAUUGAAAGAGCCUGCGAAGAUAGGUUUUCAUCUUGCAAAGAUGCAUUCCGUAAGCAGCUGAAAGGGACAGAAGAGACUGUACACACCCUAAACAAAACCAUGUCUGAUGUUGUCCUUCCUCUGGAUACAAAGAUCGAUAAAAUGAAUGAACAAAUAAACGAUUUGUGUUACGAUAUGGAAACACUACAACCUUUGAUAGAAAAGGGAGCUCCUUUCAACAUGAAUAAUGAAUAUGGGCAACAGAACGAUUUACGAGAAGUAAAAGAAAGUAUUAAAAACAUUACAGAUGUUCUAGGUUACCUGAGUUCUACAGUCCAUGAACUUAUGAUAGGUCAAGCAGGACUUCAGAGUGAAGCCCAAAGAAAUGAGUUGAUGUUUGAAAGACGUGUUAAUGGAUGUCUCAUUGCAGUAGAGGAUGGCCUUAAUAAUACUAUGGAUAUCUUUAACAAUGCCAUUGAUUCCAUACGUGAUAAUUAUGUGCACAAAUCAGAAAUUAGUAAAUUUCAACAAGUGUCGCAGAUGGACAAUGCUACAACACAAAAAUUGGAGAUCUUAUUGUCAACCAUACCAGUUAUCCACCAGCUAAAUGAAACAUUGUACAGCAUAAUUAGUAAAUCCAGAAACUCACAGGAUUUUGAUGAUAAUGCAUUUUUUAACAGGUCUUCAAAUAUAUAUGUCAAUAUGGACAUUUCCUCUUCUUUUGCUAAUUUGUCUCAAAAGUUCAAUGAAGCAUUAUUCAGAUUAGACCAAUGUCAGUUGAACAUCAGUCAGAUGGAAGAGAAGUUGCAGGUUAGUGGGAUAGAUGCGCAGAUUUGCCGGUCUCGUUUGCAGAACAUAGAAUCCCAGGUAAAUAUGAUCUUAAUGAAUCCCACAGUGUUGUCAAAAACUACCAAAGAUGAAGGGCCCUCUAAAGACAAAGCUAUUAAAGAACUCUACUCAAGAGUUAAAGCCCUUGAAUUGAAAUCAACGCUGUUGUUAUCAAGUGUGCCUCGGAUGAACAAGACAGUAACUGAAACAAAAGUCUUAUGUCAAACAAUGUUUAUCACUGUCAAAAAAGUGAAUGAAAGUGUACCUCAGUUAGUUAAAGCAGUUCAACCAAACUUUACAAGUCUCCAAAAAGGUUUUGAAGAACUGAUUACAUCUUUAAUUGAAGUGAAAAUGGAAGCCAUUCUGUCAAAUGUAACUACAUACACAGAUAACGCCAUGGCUGAUCUUACAAGCGAUACAGCAAAGCUUCAAAAACAAGUGAAGUUUUUGAUGAAGAGACUUCCUCCACAGACAAAGGAACCUCCAAACUCAAGUACAUUUCUUGCAGGCCGUAACCAGCGUAACUCAGAUGUUACAGAACAAGACAAUGACCAAUCCAGUUGCAGUAGUGCCCCAUGUUAUAAUGGUGGUACUUGCAUUAACGACAGGAAGACAUUUGUAUGUGCUUGCCGCCAUCCUUUCGGAGGAGCAAAUUGCAGUCUCAAGUUGUCAGAUGAAAGCUCUCAAUCGCCUGAUUUUUCAAAAGGAUCUUACCGCUAUGCGCCAAUGGUGGCAUUUUAUGUAUCUCACACAUAUGGAAUGACUGCUCCAGGGCCCAUCAGGUUUAACAAUCUUUAUGUCAAUUAUGGAUCGUCAUAUGCACCUACAACUGGAAAAUUUCAUAUACCCUAUCUUGGAGUAUAUGUUUUUAAGUACACCAUAGAAUCAUUCAGUCCUCGUGUGUCGGGCUACUUUGUCGUUGAUGGAAUAGACAAAAUUGCUUUCCAGUCUGAAAACAUGAACAAUAGCAUGCAGAGUGAUAGAGUUGUCACGGGUGAUGUUUUAUUAGAGCUGAAUUAUGGGCAAGUGGUGUGGCUCAGAUUGGCAACAGGAUCGAUUCCCGCCCAAUACCCACCUGUGACUACAUUCAGUGGUUACUUAUUGUAUCGCACCUGAAAAAUUAAUACUCCUAAAUAUUAUAUAAUAAUGCACACAAUUUAUCUCAUAGGAAAUUCAGUGUGAUAUAAAAUGCUUUUUGUAGCAAUAACAUUAAUAAUUAAGAAAUAAUGUUUGUAUAUUGACUACUGCUAAUAAAUCUAUAUUUCUGUAGUCAGUUCUUGUUUACAACUCAUAGAGGUGUGAUGUGUUAACAACAUGUUUUGCUAAUGGCUAGCUAAGUCUCACUAUCUCACCUAGAGCUUGGAUAUAAUGUACGAAUAUGAAUUAAACAGUAAUAGUCAAAUAUUAGUGCAUAGCCCAUGAACCAUAUGAGAGCAACCCCCGAUUUAAAAGUCUGGCAUAUACCAUACAGAGCAGGAGCAACCAGGCCAAAUUACCGUGCAAUAACUGCUUUUGGACUACAUCUUCCAUGAUUCUUUGCCAACCCAUCACUGGCAUAUAAUCGAUAGAACCGUAGUUUCAAACAGCCAGAACUCUCUGCUAGCCCAUGUACAUUCAAAAACUGCUGGAGGGAGGGUCAGGGAGGAUUCAUUUUGGAAUAGCAGAACCUGUAAAUUAAAAGUUCUUGUUUUGUGAGUUGCAUUGACUACCUUUCACCACCAGGCAGAUUUUUUUUGUGUGGUACCUCUGUAAAUUUGGGGGUCAGUCUAUCAGCCAUGACUCAGUUUCAACAGGUUUGAUAAUAUCUAUAUUAUUGCACAUAGUUAAAUCUAUUAUUUUCUAUAUGUCUUACAAUGGGUGCAAUAUAUAGUGAGUAUAUGUUUUAAAUAAUGGAAAUGUUAUUGAUCUGAAUGUAAAAAAAUUAUGUCUUACCAUAUUUUUAAAUAGAAAUGUAAGCUUUAAUAAAUAAUAUUGUGGUAAAA